UCACCAGUUCAAUCCUCUAAUGACAUGAGAGCAUAUGCAAAUAGUGUGAAUGAUGAAUCAACCGCACACCAAACAGCAGAACUUAGCUGGAAACACCAUUUUUGGUCCACUCCCAAAAUGUCACACUGUUUCAAACUUUUCACACCACACCACACUCGUCUCUCUCUCUCUCUCUCUCUCUCUCUCUUUCUCUAAUGUGAAAAAGUCCUCACAAAAUACCCAUUCUCUCUCUACUCUCUCUCAUCACGCCACCACAAUGCUCAUACCCUCUCUUCUUCUCCUCCUCCUCUUAUCCUCCUCCGCCACCACCAUUGCCACCCACAACCGCCGUGUGCUCCACCAACCCUUCUUCCCUGAAGACUCACCACCUCCAAGUCAGCCCCCAUCCCGUCAAUCCCCAAACCCCAAAAACCCUUCUUCCACUUCUACCCCAAACCAACCCCCCUUCUUCCCAUCCAUACCCUCCCCACCUCCUCCGCCACCUCCCUCCGCCUCCUUUCCCGCCAACAUUUCCUCCCUCACCCUCCCCCAAACCCCCAAAUCCAACCCCUCCUCUUCCAAACUCGCCGCCGUCGCCGUCGCCCUCAUCGUCCUCGCCGUCUUCCUCACCGCAAUCAUCGUAUUCCUCUACGUUCGCCGCCGUAGACGGCGUAGCUUCAGCGAUACCAAGACUUCCACAUCGGAUAACAAUAACCGAGUGUUCCACGCCAAUGCUGGGCUUCCAAAGCCUCGAAGAUCGCCGCCGAGUAGCUCCGAGUUUCUCUACCUCGGCACCGUUGUCAGUUCUCAUACCCGCGUCAACUCUCAUGCCGCUCGGAACAGCGGCGGCGCCGCAGCCGGCGAUGUAAGUUUGAGGAAAUUGGAUUCGCCGGAACUCCGCCCGUUGCCGCCGCUUGGCCAGCAGAAUCUGCGGCGGAAUUACGCAAAUGCUGAUGUGGGUUCUGGUGGGGAGGACGAAGAUGAGCAGUUUUUCUCUCCGAGAGGGUCUUCGGGCUGUCGCGAGAGUUCGAUCGCCACUGGAUCUGCAUCGAGGAGAGCGUUUGAGGCCGUAAUAGUGGAGAAUUUUGAUGUUCGGAGUAGCGAAUCGAGUUCUUCGUCUUCGUCGUCGAAUUCGGGUUCGCCGACUCGGUCUGUAUCGUUGAGUAUUUCUCCACCAGUGAGUUCAACUCCGAGAAGCUCAAGGCCGAAAUCGCCGGAAUUGGUGGCGGUUCAAACUGCUCCGCCGCCACGUCCACCGCUCCCACCACGACCUGUUAUGACCCAAUUGGCUAAUCUGAAGAGUUCUCCGUCCCCAUCACCGCCCUCUUCAUCGUCUCCAGAGAGAGAUUCAGAUAAAAGCAUAGAUUCAUCGCCCAGAAUAUCAAAUGUUUCGAUUCAAAAUGCAGAGUCUUCAGCGAGGAUAUCCAAUGUUUCGAAUCAAAUUGCUGAGUCUCCGGCGAGAAUUAGCAAUGCUGUAUUGGAUAAAUCGGCCAAUAAGAGGAAUUCUCGAUCCCCAUCACUAUCUUCAUUUUCAUCACCAGAAAAACCUCCGAUCAAAACCCAGAAUUCAUCGCCAAGAAUAUCGAAUGUUUCGCAUCCAAAUUCGGUAUCUCCGGUGAGAAUCAGCAGUACUAUUCAGAGGCCUGUGGUGGUCUAUGUCGCACCACCACCUCCUCCACCGCCACCACCACCGAGACAUUGGGAAAUUCCAAUUCCUACUCAAUCGAUUCGUCAGGCAAUUUCGAAACCACCAGUUCUAGUAACACCUUCAAGACCUGUUGCUGUUCACAGUCCAACAUUGAUUUCUCCAACCGAAUUGCUUCCCAAUUCCCAAAAUGUUGAGAAGAAUGAGGAAACUCCGAAGCCCAAGUUGAAGCCACUGCAUUGGGAUAAAGUCAGAGCAAGUUCUGAUCGCGAGAUGGUGUGGGAUCAGCUAAAAUCAAGCUCCUUUAAAUUGAAUGAGGAAAUGAUUGAAACAUUGUUUAUUGUAAAUACACCGAACCCCACUUUGAAGGAAUCAACUCGACGUCAAGUUCUUCCCACACCAAAACAGGAGAAUAGGGUGCUUGAUCCGAAGAAGGCGCAGAAUAUUGCAAUUUCUCUAAGGGCAUUGAAUGUAACCAUAGAGGAAGUUUGUGAAGCCCUUUCUGAAGGCAAUGCAGAUGCUCUUGGAACUGAUCUUCUUGAAAGUUUAUUGAAGAUGGCUCCAACUAAGGAGGAAGAACGUAGACUGAAAGAGUACAAAGAUGAUUCACCAUUCAAACUUGGACCUGCUGAGAGAUUUCUCAAGGCAGUGCUUGAUAUACCUUUUGCAUUUAAAAGAGUGGAUACAAUGCUCUACAUGGCUAAUUUUGAGUCAGAGGCUGAGUACCUCAAAAAGUCAUUUGAUACUCUUGAGGCAGCCUGUGAAGAACUGAGGAGCAGCAGGAUGUUUUUGAAGCUUCUAGAAGCUGUGCUGAAGACUGGGAACCGCAUGAACGUUGGGACAAACCGUGGUGAUGCCCAUGCCUUCAAGCUUGACACACUUCUCAAGCUUGUCGAUGUCAAGGCUGCCGAUGGGAAAACCACACUCUUGCAUUUUGUUGUGCAGGAAAUAAUAAAAAGUGAAGGUGCACGUCCUUCGGGCGACAACCAAAACCCAAAAUACACCUCCAAUGAUGAUGCCAAGUGUAGGAAGCUUGGCCUCCAAGUUGUUUCUGCUCUCAGUUCAGAGCUCACAAAUGUAAAGAAAGCAGCUACCAUGGAUUCAGACGUGCUUAGUAGCGAUGUAAUGAAACUUUCAAAAGGACUAGAGAACAUUGCAGAGGUUGUACGAUUAAAUGAAGCAAUAAUGGGGUCAGAGGAAAGCAAACGGAGAUUUUCAGAGUCGAUGAAUAGGUUCAUGAAAAUGGCAGAGGAGCAGAUUAUAAGGAUUCAAGCCCAAGAGAGUGUUGCUCUUUCGCUAGUGAAGGAGAUAACUGAAUACUUCCAUGGAAACUUGGCCAAGGAAGAAGCUCACCCCCUCAGAAUCUUCAUGGUGGUGAGGGACUUUUUAACUGUUCUUGAUCGGGUUUGCAGGGAAGUUGGAAUGAUCAAUGAGCGAACAAUAAUCAGUUCUGCCCAUAAAUUUCCCAUUCCAGUGAAUCCGGCAAUGCAAGCAGUUGUUGGUGAAUUUCGUGGACGGCAGCAGUACAGUUCCUCAGAUGAUGAAAGCUCAUCUCCUUAGCUCAUUUGUCUCUCAUAUCAAGUGACAGUUUUGUUGGGUUUAGCUAAAUUGCUUGUAAUCCAUGGGUUGGUUGGGUAGUGAUUUAUAUAUAUAGUUCCAUGUAAAGAUUUUGGAAAUUGUUUAAUCCUAUAGAUAUAUACAGAGGUUUAGUUCGGAAGAAUUACAUUGAUCUGUUUGGUUUUACAUGUAAAAAUCUCUGGGGAUUCAAAAAUGCUGUUCAGUUAAAAGUAAAAUUCAGGGUUAAGUGAGUUA